UGUCGUAACAUGACUCUUACCUGUGAGCUUACCUGGUCUGGAAAAGAAAUGCGCUGGGGCUACUAUAAGGAAUAUAUUGCUCAAAAAAAAUCACGAGAAUUUACUAAAUCGCGUUUGUCUUUCAACAAGAUUAAAAUAGUGUUUGCUGGAAUGUGGGAAGAAUACAACCUGAUUAAUCGUAAUUGUGCCGAUUGGGCAAAGGAGUUUUAUGGAAUUAUUUGUGGAUUGACUUGA